CGGGAAAUUGCGCCGUGGAAAUUAAUUCCUGCCAAAAUGCCCAUCACUCUUCAGUCCAAUCACCAUUCCAGCAAUAAAGCGACGAGACGGACAGUAAAACUCCAACUCUCCGAUCACCUUCCAUGGCGAGCUCUCCUCAGCAGCAAGUUCCCCUCCCCGAAGCCGUGGAGGCGCUCGUGGCCAAAAUCCGCAACGAGCAGCACCAGCCUGCGCUCGGACUCGAUACGAGGCGGUUGCUGGCCGGAGUCCCCGAACAGGUGUCCAUCGAAGUUCUCAGCCAGAUUCGCGGUCACGAUAUCAAGAAAUCGUUCGACGGCUUUAUCAUCUACUUGCUCCGGCAAAAGUCGCAGUCUCCGUCGCCUACGAAACGCCUCUGCGUUCCUUCGUCGACGUUCCAAACCCCGACUCCGUCGCCGCCGCCGCCGCAGCAUCAGUUCGCUAGCCCUACUCCGUUGGGGCGCAUGGUGGAAGAUCGAGUCGGUCAGUCGAGUCCUCAACCGUUCGUUCCUCGUGGAAUGGAAUGCCAAUUACAGUAUCCUCCGGCUUCGAAUGGAGGAUCAGCUGCGCCGAUGGAGGUUCUGAGGGGGUUGGAAUUUAGGCAGGCGUUUCUCAUCUUGAGCUAUCUCGGAGAAGAAAGGCUGGACGAGAAAAUGGCGGAUCGAAUCAGAGAGAUGAGAGGUUGGGGUUUACCGACGACAAUGAGAAGUUUCGAGGAGCUAGUUUGGAAUGCUAUUGGCAAGCACUGCCUUGGGGAUGAUAAGCAAUGCAGGAUAAAGAAUGUUGAUUGGGAUCCCACCAAGCCUCAUGUGUACCACUGCAUUGUGGCCCAUACCCAUUUCGAUAAUCGGUUAGCUAUCACUUUCAAGGGGCCUUACGUAACCAACAUGAGAAACUUCCUGCAAACGACCAUGGGCGAUGACAAUGUUUUGAUGGUCAAGUUUAGUGACGGGCUUACAAGAGAUGGAAAGACAGAAAAGUGCAGCGAGCAUUGCUAUAAAAAGUUAAUGAGCAUUGCUAGCAAUGGGAUUCAAGUUGGUCUGCACCAUUUCCGGUUUUUUGUGUUCAAAGACGGAAUGAAGGAAGAAAAGAAAAAAGAUCCAGCUAAUUCACCAGUGAAGUGCUAUUUUAUCCGCAUGGAUGGCUAUAGAAACUUCAAGUCAACUCGUGAAGCUAGAUCUUUCUUUAUGCAUCUAGACACUUUGCCAGAUCUAUCCAAGUAUAUGGCUAGGCUUUCUCUCGUUUUGUCAAAGACCAUGAAACUGGACGUGCCACUGGCAGCUGUGGAUGUUAGAGUGGAAGAUGACAUUUCUUGCAGGGUAUUGCAUAAAAACUUUGCUUCUUCAUUUCAUCAGAACAACUGUUUUAAUCAGGAUUGCUGACUUCCUGCCAGUAGAGCUCAAGAACAUGCUGUCCUUUAUUUUAACGCAGGAUAAAAACAAUAACGACGUGCAGGAUAAGAAAGGGAACCUUCUCAUACAUACAGAUGGUACAGGGUUCAUAUCAGAGGAUUUAGCACGAUUAUGCCCAAAUGUAUCUCAAGGGAGGUGUCUUGAAAGUGGAUUUGGAGAGGUUUGUAUUAUUAUGUGAUUACUUUGCCGCUAAAUAGUCCCUCCCUUUGCUUAUGCAGCUGCGCCUUUUUCACUAUGGAAUGGCUGUAAAGGGAACUCUGCUUGUUAACAAGAAGAUUGGACAUAACACUAUUGUUGUUCGGAAAUCCAUGGUUAAAGUUUAUAAGGAUCAAAAUCUGUCAGAUAAUCCUACUGCAAAUUCACUGGAGAUAGUUAACACGAGCCGUCGGCCAAAUCCUGCUCACCUUUCAAGAAAUUUGAUUGCACUACUAAGCAGUGGAGGUGUUCCACAAGACUUCUUCAUGGACCUCUUGAAUAAAGAAUUGCAAGAUGCACGAUCUGAUGGAUUCAAAAGGCGUGCUGCAGCUCGAGCUGCCAGCUUUCAUUAUGAGAAGGAAAUGAUUGUAUCUGGGAUUCCCCUUGAAGAAUCAUACUUGAACUUUCGUCUUCCUGCAUUGAUGGGUGAAGAGAACAAAAGGCUGAAAGCGGGAAAAUUUCUUUUGCCGGACUCUUACUACUUAAUGGGGACAGCUGAUCCAUCUGGAGCUUUGAAGGAGGGUGAAGUUUGCAUAAUAUUAGACAAUGGACAGGUUUCUGGAAAGGUGUUAGUAUAUCGGAAUCCUGGCUUGCAUUUUGGUGAUGUCCAUAUUUUAGAGGCAGUCUAUCUGAAGGAAAUGGAAGAUUACGUAGGCAGUUCCAGAUUUGGAAUCUUCUUCCCUACUGAUGGGCCAAGAUCCUUAGCCGACGAAAUGGCUAAUGGUGAUUAUGACGGGGACAUGUUUUUAGUGUCAAAAUAUCCUCAGCUGCUCGAGAGUUUCAGACAGAGUGCACCUUGGGAAGCCAAUUCUUCACUGACCAAGUCUCCGAGCAAAGCACCAAGGAGCAUGUCUGAUGAGGAGUUAGAGAAUGUGCUUUUCCACAGUUUCUUAAAAACAAGAUUUCAGCCAAGUGCCACUACAGGGAUGGCGGCUGAAAGCUGGCUAGCAAUGAUGGACCGGUUCUUAACUCUGGGAUGCGGAAGUACAUUUGAAGCCGAAAAGCGUGAGCUGAGGAAGAAUAUCCUGCAAGUGAUCGACAUAUACUACGAUGCCCUGGAUGCACCGAAAAGUGGAGCUAAGGUCGUACUUCCACCAGAGUUGAGAGUGGACUUGUUCCCGAACUUCAUGGAAAAGGGUGAAGAUAAGUCUUACAAGUCUACGUCCAUCCUGGGACUAAUAUACGAUGAAGUGACGAAGUUCGAAGAUAGGGAUGAUGUGCCAGUUAGCGAAAUCGUGAAGCUUUCAUGCUUUGCGGAAGAAGCUCCUCGAGAACUCCUCGAGGAGUGGAAGAUGCUCUACAAUGAAUACAGGCAAGAUAUGCAAUCCAGUUUACAGAAUGAAGCUGACAAAAACGCGGCUGCUGAUGAAGUCAUCGAGAAAUACAAACGGAUCUUCUACGGCCAAACGAGGAAGUACUAUUUGAGCGAGGCUGGGGACGUCUAUACAAGUGGAAAGAAGGAAGAUUGGCCGGUCAUCGAGGCUGUGGACUUCCAUACGACCAAAAAGAAGAAGGAACAUCUGUUCGUCGAGGCUCGAGCGUUGUAUCAGGUUGUUUACGAUUACGCAGAGUCGCAGAGACGCAAGGCAAGUAGCAUCAAGGAACAGCAGUCCGCCAUCAGGUUAUGUGGGUUUGCAUGGAGGGUUGCAGGCACAGCUCUGUGUGCAUUGUGCAUAUCGAGUCGCGCUGAGAAGCCCAUGCUGUGCUCGGAGUCUGCUUUCAAGGAAAUGUUUGGAAGAACUUGAAAAGAUCUCUUGCCAAGUAAGUAUGAUAUAACCUAAAUGUAUAGGCUUUUGUGUUUGUAAUGCCUGUAUUUUGAUGUGUAUUUUGGCUUAGUAAACUGAUGAUGUGUCUAAGCUCUAAUGACGUCGAAUAGCGGUCUGACUACUGAAUUCAUGUAAGAACACUGUGGAAGAAGAAUUCAUGUAAUGUUAGAAUACCAUAUUUGGUCUGUAGAUUUCAUGUAAUGUUAGAAUACCAUAUUUGGUCUGUAGAUGUGAGUCUACAUACUAUUCUUGUUUCUAGUUAGGUGCUAUUUAAGUUAUUGGAACCUCCCGCUGCAAGUAAUGGUGUGCAACGGUUCGGUCCGAUCUCGAUCGGAAU